AUGGGAGAGGAGAAUACAACAUCGUGGACGGAGUUUGUUCUCGUUGGGCUUCGGCAUCAAAAAUCACCCAACAUUUUCCUCGGUCUGGUUCUCUUCAUGUUUGUCAUCGCCCUGCUUGGAAACAGCCUCCUGCUUUUCCUGAUCAGGACGGACUCUGGUCUCCAGACCCCAAUGUACUUCUUCCUCAGCCAGUUGUCUGUCAUGGACCUCUGCCAGGUUCUCUCCAUCGUUCCCAAAAUGACCGUGAAUUUCGUAACCCAGAGGUACACCAUUUCACUCUACGGAUGCGUCGUCCAGAUUUUUGUCACACUGGCUGUGGGGGGAUCAGAAUGCCUCAUCCUGGCUACCAUGUCAUAUGACAGGUACGUGGCUAUCUGCAGACCUUUGCAAUACCAGGUUCUUAUGAGGAGGAAAGUCUGUUACAUCUUGUCAGCUUUCGUCUGGUUCUGGCCUUCUGUCCAGGCAAUGACAAGUUCCCUGUAUGUACUGCCUCUUCCCUACUGCAAGUCAAAUGUAAUUUACCAUAACCUCUGUGAAUAUCCAGCCCUUAUAAAGUUGUCCUGCUCAGACAAUUCCAAAUAUGAAAUAGUAACCUUCCUUGGUACCUUCCUGAUACUCCUGCUCCCUCUCUCAGUCAUCCUCGCUUCCUACAUUGCCAUCCUCCUGCAAAUCUUGAGGGCACGCUCCUCCGGAAGUGGCCACAAAGCCUUGGGGACAUGCCUGUCCCAUCUCUGUGUGGUGGGACUCUUCUAUGGAGCGGCCAUUUUAACAUAUAUGACCCCAGUAUCCUCCUAUUCAGCACAAAAGGCAAUGAUCAACUCGAUAUUUAUUACCAUCGUGCCUGCCAUGAUGAACCCUUUCAUAUACAGCCUAAGGAAUCGGGAUGUCUUGUCAGCACUGAGGAAAAUAUUUGCAAAAUCCACAUUACAUAAAUAG